AUGACGCUCGAGGCGAUCCGUUACCGGGCCGGAUCUCUGCAGAUUCUUAACCAGCUGCUCCUACCGCAUGAGACUGUGUUCGACGAGGUCCGCACGGUGCAGGACGGCUAUGAAGCGAUCAAGUCCAUGAAGGCAAGAAAUAUCACUCUCUCCGUCUUCUACCCCUCACGUUUCCUUUCCACGCUCACUCCGUGUCAUCUCCCCGUGUGUGUGUUGGUCUAGCAUAGUUAGCAGUGUUUCCACCAUAGCGUGUAGCUAUGUUGACUGCGGGUGUCUUUGUGUCAAACAGGGUCGAUCUUUUGUGUGAGCUGUGCACCCUGCUCUCCGUUCUGUCACAUAGCAUGUAUGUACGGCUGCAUGAACGGUGUGCAUGGGCAAAGGUCUUGUGGCCUGUGAUAGGCUAUUUGUUGAAGUCCAUGGCCUGUGUGUUUUGACCGGCCCUGCUAUUUCCACCGAUUGCUAUCGUCUGCAGCGCCGUAUUGCAUGGAAUACCGGCCCGGGUGUGGACGGUCGGGGCUGGCUCACACACACACAGUGUGACACUCGUUCGUUUUCAUCAGCCACCGGCCCGGUUUGGCUAUUUAACGUGAUCCUAAACGAGAAAAGGAUCCUAUUAUUUAUUUAACGUUAACACCGACAAAACCACCGUGACCGGUAUCCGCACCCACCCAUGAAAACGCCCCUUGCUCUUGCUCUCACGGUAAAGAUUGUCUAUGCAUUAUUAAUGACCGAUUCCCGGGGUUUUGUUCGCGCCUGCAGUCGUUGUUCUGCCGCUUGUUGUUUGGCGACGGCUUUUAUCACGAUUGGCUCUGAUGGGGAGAGGUGUUUUGUUGAUCUGUCAAAUAGACUGCUUCUCUUUCUUUAUAUUCGUCAUAAUAAACCUCCUUCCAUUGAUACAGACACCCUCUCUAUCUCUCUCUUUCUGUCUUUCUCUCUCUCCUCUUUACUCCCACACUCACACACACUGUGAGAUACUCUCCAUCUGAGCAUCAGUCCAACUUCAGACCUGUGACAGAAUGCCCCUUAAACAGGAUGAUGAUGUCAUGGUGAUAGUAAUAGUAGUCUCUCUGUGUCCCUGGGGAUGGAUGGAUGGAUGAUACCUAGCUAACGCUGAUCUCUCACACACUGGUGACAUCAUACACCACCUCACUGUCCUGCUGUGUGUUUAAAUAUAUAUUUGAGAUUCUUCAAAUAGCUGCCCUUUGCAUUGAUGACAGCUGUGCACACUCUUGGCAUUCUCUCAACCAGCUUCAUGAGGUAGUCACCUGGAAUGCAUUUCAAUUAACAGGUGUGCCUUCUUAAAACUUAAUUUGUCGAAUUUAUUUCCUUCUUAAUGUUUGAGCCAAUCAGUUGUGUUGUGACAAGGUAGGGGGGGGUAUACAGAAGAUAGCCCUAUUUGGUAGAAGACCAAGUCCAUAUUAUGGCAAGAACAGCUCAAAUAAGCAAAGAGAAAUGACAGUCCGUCAUUACUUUAAGACAUGAAUGUCAGUCAAUACGGAACAUUUCAAGAACUUUGAAAGUUUCUUCAAGUGCAGUCGCAAAAACCAUCAAGCGCUAUGAUGAAACUGCUUACAUUUACAUUUACAUAAUUUAGCAGACGCUCUUAUCCAGAGCCACUUACACUUUUUUUUUUUUUGGGAUGGGGUUAAGGGGGGGUAGAAGGAUGACUUUAUCCUAUCCCAGGUAUUCCUUAAAGAGGUGCGGUUUCAAGUGUCUCCGGAAGGUGGUGAGUGACUCCGCUGUCCUGGCGUCGUGGCACACCUGUUAAUUGAAAUGCAUUCCAGGUGACUACCUCAUGAAGCUGCUUCUCAAGAGGACCGCCACAGUAAUGGAAGACCCAGAGUUAGCUCUGCUGCAGAGGAUAAGUUCAUUAGUUACCAGCCUCAGAAAUUGCAGCCCAAAUAAGUGCUUCACAGAGUUCAAGUCAGACACAUCUCAACAUCAACUGUUCAGAGGGGACUGUGUGAAUCAGGGCUUCAUGGUUGAAUUGCUGCAAAGAAACCACUACUAAAGGACACCAAUAAGAAGAAGAGACCUGCUUGUGCCAAGAAACACGAGCAAUGGACUUUAGACCUGUGGAAAUGUGUCGUUUGGUCUGGAGUCCAAAUUGGAGAUUUUUGGUUCCAACCGCCGUGUCUUUGUGAGACGCGGUGUGGGUGAACGGAUGAUCUCUGCAUGUGUAGUUCCCACCGUAAAGCAUGGAGGAGGAGGUGUUAUGGUGUGGGGUCUUAACCAGCAAGGCUACCACAGCAUUCUGCAGCGAUACGCCAUCCCAUCUGGUUUGGGCUUAGUGGGACUAUCAUUUGUUUUUCAACAGGACAAUGACCCAACACACCUCCAGGCUCUGUAAGGGCUAUUUUACCAAGGAGAGUGAUGGAGUGCUGCAUCAGAUGACCUGGCCUCCACAAUCCCCCGACCUCAACCCAAUUGAGAUGGUUUGGGAUGAGUCGGACCGCAGAGUGAAGGAAAACAGCCAACAAGUGCUCAGCAUAUGUGGGAACUCCUUCAAGACUGUUGGAAAAGCAUUCCAGGUGAAGCUGGUUGAGAGAAUGCCAAGAGUGUGCAAAGCUGCCAUCAAGGCAAAGGGUGGCUAUUUGAAGAAUCUCAAAAAUAUUUAGAUUUGUUUAACACUUUUUUGGCUACUACAUGAUUCCAUAUGUGUUAUUUCAUCGUUUUAUGAAAAUAGUAAAAAAUAAACCCUUGAAUGAGUAGGUGUGUCCAAACUUUUGACUGGUAGUGUGUGUGUGUGUGUGUGUGUGUGUAUAUAUGACCAAACACACAUCACAACUAGAGAGACCACUACAUAAAGAGAGACCUAAGAUGACAACAUAGCAAGGUAGCAACCCAACACGACAACAACAUGGUAGCAAACACACCAUGGCUGUAGCACAACAUGGUAGCAGCACAAGACAUGGUACAAACAUUAUUGGGCACAGACAACAGCACAAAGGGCAAGAAGGUAGAGACUAUCGCCCUGCUUUGUGUGUGUCUGCAUAUAGUCAUGUCAGGUAUCGCCUCAUACAGUCAUGUCAGGUAUCGCCUCAUACAGUCAUGUCAGGUGUCGCCUCAUACAGUCAUGUCAGGUGUCGCCUCAUACAGUCAUGUCAGGUUUCGCCUCAUACAGUCAUGUCAGGUGUCGCCUCAUACAGUCAUGUCAGGUAUCGCCUCAUACGUCAUGUCAGGUAUCGCCUCAUACGGUCAUGUCAGGUAUCGCCUCAUACAGUCAUGUCAGGUAUCGCCUCAUACAGUCAUGUCAGGUUUCGCCUCAUACAGUCAUGUCAGGUUUCGCCUCAUACAGACAGCAGGAGUCCCUACACUCUUAGGAAUACCUCAUAAAUAGAUAGUAUCUAAUCCUUCUACCCACAAAAUAUAUAAAAUAAUAAUAAUAAAAAUAAUAAUAAACUAAAACAAAACAAAAUGGUAAAGUGGUUAUAUCCCACUGGCUAUCAUCAGGUGACUGCACCAAUUAGUAAGUGGCUCUGGAUAAGAGCGUCUGCUAAAUGAUGUAAAUGUGAUACUGCAUAGUUUCAGUCAUCCAUCUACCUGCAACUGCAAGACGACGUCUUCUGGACAGGAGAGAGUUGUAAGGAGGGACAGGGUCCCAACAGGACGAGGAGGGACAGGUGGAGACUGGUGUAUGAUAAAGACCAAUGAGAGAGUUGUAGAGGAGGGACAGGUGGAGACUGGUGUAUGAUAAAGACCAAUGAGAGAGUUGUAGAGGAGGGACAGGUGGAGACUGGUGUAUGAUAAAGACCAAUGAGAGAGUUGUAGAGGAGGGACAGGUGGAGACUGGUGUAUGAUAAAGACCAAUGAGAGAGUUGUAGAGGAGGGACAGGUGGAGACUGGUGUAUGAUAAAGACCAAUGAGAGCGUUGUAGAGGAGGGACAGGUGGAGACUGGUGUAUGAUAAAGACCAAUGAGAGCGUUUGAUAGACACACAGGUCCUCCUCCUCUGGUUUACCUGGAGGAUCACAAGAAAUGUUCAAAGGCUGAAUUCCAACAUUAUGUCUGGUUCCCUCUCCCUCCUUCCCUCUCUCCCUCCAGGUGCGGGGGGCUCCUGCAAUUGCCAUCGUAGGUUGUCUGAGCCUGGCAGUGGAGCUGCGCGCGGGCGCCGGGGGCAACGACCCCGUGACCUUCAUCCGGGAAUCUCUGUGUCACCUGACCUCUGCAAGACCCACGGCCGUCAACAUGGGCCGGGCCGCCCGAGAACUGAUGGAGUUUGCCGAGAACGAGAGCAUGGAGAAAAACCCAGAACAACUCACAGAGAGGUACGGAUGUAGGGAGAGAGAGAUGUAGGGAAGGAUGGGGGGGAGUAAUGAGAGAACUGAUGGAGUUGGCAGAGAGAGAGAGCAUGGAGGAAAAACCCAGAACAACUCAGUGGUAAAAGGGAAGAUGAUAGUGAAAGAUAACUGCUUUGUGACAGACACACACAUCAUCCAAUAACUCCCUCUCCUCUCAUCCCGCUCGUCCUGCAGUGUGAUUGGCUGGAUCGAGGAGAUGCUGGAGCGUGAUGUCAAUGACAACAAGAAGAUCGGUAACUACGGAGCUCAACACAUCCUGUCUGGUGUUCCCCGAGACUCUGUCACCAUCCUAACACACUGCAACACCGGCUCACUGGCCACUGCAGGAUACGGCACCGCCCUGGGUAAGAGAGAGAGAGAGAGAGAAAGAGAGUGUGUAUGUCUCCAUGCUCUGGUAGACUGAAGCGUAUGUAUUGUACAGAGACCAGGCCCUAUAACCAGUGUGUGUGUGUGUGUGUCUCCAGGUGUGGUGCGUUCCCUCCAUACUCUGGGUAGACUGAAGCGUAUGUAUUGUACAGAGACCAGGCCCUAUAACCAAGGGGCCAGACUGACAGCCUAUGAGGCCGUGGCUGAAGGGUUCCCUGCUACUCUCAUCACAGACAGCAUGGCUGCACUCACCAUGAGAGAGAAGAGCAUCACAGGUAUACACAGACUCGGUCUGCCUGUCUUCUGUCUGCCUGUCUUCUGUCUGCCUGUCUUCUGUCUGCCUGUCUGUCUGUCUGUCUUCCUCUCUUCUGUCUUUCCUUCCUCCUCCAAUAACUGUGGUCUGGUUUGCUGUUCUAUCAAUCUCUUAUCACUAUACUGUUAUUUUCUCUCUCUCUCUCUCCCCCCCUCUCUCUCUCUCCCCCUCUCCCCCCCCCCCCCCCCCCCUCUCUCAGCUGUGGUCGUCGGGGCCGACAGGGUGGUUGCUAACGGCGCCGCCACCAUCGCCGUCAGCCUGGCAUUCCGUCCAGGUCCGACGUUCUACCGCUGCCCGGCGCCCAGCACUCAGGACUGUGUCGUGGAGAGGCGGGCGGACAUUGCUGAGACGCCGCGAGGAACCACAGAUAACGGAGUACCAUGCGGGCCACCGAAGACAUGGGAUGUGUGGUAGUGCGUGUGCGUGCGAGCCAGCACGUCAUGUGACCUGAGUCUGGAGAGCAGGGCGACAUGGCAGACGAGAGAGACUGGCGAGAGAAGACGUGCAAGAGAGACAGUGGCAGAGGAGAACCGCAUGCAGAGACAGACAUGGAGCAGUGUGGCGGAGAGAGACAGAGCAGUGCAGGAGGGAGCAGACAGUGUGGAGGAGACAGCAGUGGAGCAGAGAGAGACAGUGGCAGAGAGAGAGAGAAACAGUGGAGAGAGAGAGAGACAGUGGCAGAGAGACAGAGAGACAGUGGCAGAGAGAGAGAGAGAGACAGUGGCAGAGAGAGAGAGAGACAGUGGCAGAGAGACAGAGAGACAGUGGCAGAGAGAGAGAGAGAGAGAGAGACAGUGGCAGAGAGACAGACAGUGGCAGAGAGAGAGAGAGAGACAGUGGCAGAGAGACAGACAGUGGCAGAGAGAGAGAGAGAGAGACCGUGGCAGAGAGACAGACAGUGGCAGAGAGAGAGAGAGAGAGACAGACAAUGGCAGAGAGAGACAGACAGUGGCAGAGAGAGACAGACAGUGGCAGGCAGGCAUAUAUUGAUAAAGAUACUAAUAGAGCUGGGGAGCGUGAUAGAGAUAUAACAGUAUAUUCCCUGGUAGAUCCAGACAGAGGGAACAGUGUAGUGUAUUCUCUGGAGUAUGUACCAGAGCUGAUUGACUUGUGACACGUCUCUCUAAUUAUACAACUAGAGGAGAAGAGGAGCUCUGUGACAUCACAGUAAUUAUAUUCUACUCUUCUUUAAUAGACCCACUGUUCCCUGGGGUGUUCCUGCUCGCUUUCCUUUUCCCUCCCUCUCCCUUUACCCCCUCACUCUACAAUUAUUUACCUUCCCUUCUUUAUCCUCUCCCCCUAACCCCCCUCCCCCUAAUUUAUCUUGCUCUCUGUCCCUUCCCCCAUCUCUCUCCCUCUCUAUAUACCCCCCCCCCCCCCCCCCCUCUCGUCUCCCCGUUCCCCCCGAUCUCUCGCUCUCCUCCUCUCAAGGUAUUGAUGUGUGGAACCCGGCGUUUGACGUGACCCCCCACCAGCUGAUAACGGGGGGCAUCAUCACAGAGCUGGGGGUGUUUCUGCCCUCGGAGCUGCAGGCAGCACUCACCGGCCGUCUCACUGCCCUGUAG